AUGUUCCACGCGCUAGAUCAGCUCGUCAAAGGUCUUCUCGCCUCGGGCCAGAAAAGCUGGACAGUCGACCCAGUACGGCCCAUCUCCUUCAUCGCACCAAACAGCAGCGGCCGUACAGAACAUGUGUCGAAGACACCUCGUUCACCACCCUCACAAGACUGGGAACCCCUCGUCGAAAAGUGCCGUGGCAUGGCCACCCUGGCAGAGACAUCACAAUUCAGCGAACUCCUCUCGGUAUUUGGCAACGUCCUGGCAUCAACAAAGCAAAUGGUUCAGACCUGCACCCCUAAAUUCCUCGUCUACUUCUGGAAAAUCUGCAUCGCCCUCUUCCAAGUCCGCAUCGGAGGCCGGAGAGACUACCUCUGCCUGCGCCUCUUCCUCCACAGCCUCGGCGCCUACCUCGCCAGAUCCCCCUCGGUCGGCGCGCACCACGCUGUCACCGUCUUCGCGGCGUCGCUGAUCGGCGUCGUCGAGUCGGAACCGCUUGAUCUCAAAGUCGCGCUCGGCCUGGCGUACUGGAAGGCCAUCCACGUGCUCGCCAGCCUGCUGGGCGGCGACCACGCUGUCGUGCUGAACAUGACGACCCAUUGCGUGCGGCACUGGCCAGGCCGGUUCACGCCGCAGAAACACGUCCUCGAAUCUGCGUACCAAGAGCUCCUGUCCAGGGAAUCCUCGGCUCCGUGGGCGCUAUCGGAAAAGGAUAUCUCGUUGCAGCUGGACUAUCUGCGCACCGUGUCUGCGAAGAAGAACUACGCCCCGGACGUCAUACAGCGGGCAGACGAGCUCUGCAGGAUCACCCGAGAUAUCAGCCUGAGCAAGGCAACUACGGGCCGCCUGCAAGCGGCCGUCACUACUCGCGCCUUUGACUUUACGACGGAACUGCUGACGGCUCACCACCUAGAGGCAGCAAGUCGCGCGCGCGACGCGGAUUCCGUGGAGGCCAGUCAGGCAGUGGCGUUCGGCCUUCUCAACACGGCGAUAGAGAUCUUCCGAGAGGGAAGCCUCGAGUGCCAGAUCCGCGCUGUCGCGUUCUCGAAGCGGUUGGAGGUCCACCUGAGGGCAUCGGGCCGGAAGAAACAGGGGCUGGAUGAGAAGGAUCGAGGACGAGGUGUGCGGCUCGCCAUCAAACGGGCUGUGAUGGAGCCGUCCUGGGAGCCAAGCUUCACACCCACGAUGAGGAGAUCAUCACGUCCUCGAGCGUCGACCAAGGCGGCUUGGGCGGCUCAGAAGCGCCGAACCCGCGUGGAAAGCCGGGAUCAUCUUGUGUGUAUGCUCCAGGCGGAGAGUCGCACGCGGAUCUCUACGCGAGCCUGA